UCACCUCUUCCUCUCCUCCUCCUCCUCGGUUCUUCUCUCCAUCUCUCGUUUUGUUUUUUUUUAUGUUCAGUUUUUACAUCAUGGAGAGCUGGUCGCUGAUCUUCAGGGAUGGGCAGGGCAGCUCUCUGAAAACAAUCUGAAACCCUGAGACCUGUUACUUCUCAACUAUUAUACAGAAGAAAACACUUGAAGGUUACCGAAGCCUUAUUCUCCAAGAGGAACAACAACAUCCACAGGAACUCCUUCAUCUAGUAUUAAAGAAGUACUCAUGAAAUUUUAACUCCAUCAACUCAAGAUCUCCGACGCCCACACUUAAAACAAAAAGAAGAGGCAAUAGAGGCUGGAAAACUGGAUCAUCAGACUGGACCAGAACCAAACGAAACGCUUGGCAGAAUCUGAGACCCACAACAAGCCAGAAGAGAUUAGUGAAAAUUGGUAAAGUCCUGUGGAAAAGUUUGAUGGGACUGCUGACAAUAGCCACAUGCCUCUGAGUCCGACCGCUGACACCAAACAUGAUCGCCCGCGGCAACAGGCGGUUACUAACGGCAACCCAACAGGCUCUGCUGUCGCCAGGGACGACGACGGGGAGGACCCGCCCUCUGGAAACAGCAUCGUGGUCCGAAUCGGGAUCCCGGACCUGCAGCAGACGAAGUGUUUGCGGUUGGACCCAGAGUUACCAGUUUGGACCAGUAAGCAGAGGGUUCUGGUGACGUUGACACAGUCUCUGUCGGAUGUUUUGAACUAUGGUCUCUUCCAGCCGGCGUUCAACGGCCGAGCCGGAAAGUUUCUGGACGAGGAGCGCCUGCUGAAGGAGUAUCCUCUGCCCAACAUCACUCCCAUCCCGUAUCUGGAGUUUCGCUAUAAGAGACGAGUUUACACUCAGAGCUACGUUGAUGACAAACAGCUGGCAAAGCUUCACACUAAGGCCAAUCUGAAGCGAUUCAUGGAACAUGUUCACCAGAAGAAUGCAGAGAAAGUGGCCAAAUGGUUGGAGAAAGGCCUGGACCCGAACUUCCACGACUCGGACAGCGGAGAGUGCCCUUUGACCCUGGCUGUCCAGCUGGAGGACAGCUGUGAGCUCAUCAAGGUUCUGCGCAGCGGCGGGGCCCACCUGGACUUCAGAACCAGAGAUGGCAUCACGGCUCUGCACCGGGCCGUUCUGUGCAGGAACAGCGCCGCCCUGACGACGCUGCUGGACCUCGGCGCGUCGCCGGACUACAAGGACAGCAGAGGCCUAACGCCGCUCUACCACUCUGCCAUGGUGGGCGGCGCCCCCUACUGCUGUGAGCUGCUGCUGCAGGACCACGCCACCAUUGGGAUCACUGAUGAGAACGGGUGGCAGGAAAUCCACCAGGCGUGUCGCUAUGGCAACGUGCAGCACUUGGAGCACCUGCUGUUCUACGGCGCCGACAUGAGUUCCCAGAAUGCCUCAGGAAACACGGCGCUGCACCUGUGUGCCUUGUACAACCAGGACAGCUGCGCCCGGGUUCUGCUGUUCAGAGGAGCCAACAAGGACAUAAAGAACUACAACAACCAGACAGCCUUUCAGGUGGCGAUCAUCGCUGGGAACUUUGAUUUGGCUGAAAUCAUCAAGAUCCACAAAACUUCUGAUGUUGUUCCCUUCAGAGAAACCCCGUCCUAUACCAAGCGCCGCCGGGUCGGCGCCACCAGAACCCCGGCCGGGAACGGCCUGUCGUCUCCUCGCUCUCUGAUUCGCUCGGCCAGCGACAACGCCCUGGAAAGCCCCGCCUCCUCGCCCGGCCCCUCCCUCCAGAGCCUGGAGACGCAUCACGACUCGCACACUCACUCCCUGAGACGCCACCCGCGCCGCCUCAGGUACGCCCCGCUGCACCCGCACCGUGCUGCGGUCCGACCAGCGCCUCUUACCGGUGUGUCGCCCCGCAGCCCCGGUGGGGGGGGCCACACGGAGACCAGCCCGCCCUCCUCGCCCCCCCACACGCCGCAGAUGAGGAAGAGGAGGCUCUACAGUGCCGUGCCGGGGCGCACCUUCAUCGCCACACGGUCCCACGUCCCCCAGGGGCCCGGAGAGAUCCAGCUGCACCGGGGCGAGCGGGUCAAAGUGCUGUCGAUCGGCGAAGGAGGCUUCUGGGAGGGAACGGUGAAGGGCAGAACCGGCUGGUUUCCUGCCGACUGCGUCGAGGAAGUCCAGAUGAGACAAUACGACCCGCGACUGGAGACGAGAGAGGACCGAACGAAGCGGCUGUUCAGACACUACACCGUGGGCUCCUACGACAACUACACCUCCUACAGCGACUACGUGAUCGAGGAGAAGACGGCGGUGCUGCAGAAGAGAGAAAGCGAAGGAUUCGGCUUCGUCCUGCGAGGAGCUAAAGCUGAGACGCCCAUUGAGGAGUUUGCGCCCACGCCAGCGUUUCCUGCUCUGCAGUACCUGGAAUCCGUGGAUCAGGGGGGCGUGGCCUGGAGGGCAGGGCUAAGGACCGGAGACUUCCUGAUAGAGGUGAACGGCAGCGACGUGGUGAAGGUGGGUCACCGCCAGGUGGUCUCUCUGAUCCGACAGGGAGGAAGUCGCCUGCUGAUGAAGGUCGUCUCGGUUUCCAGGAAGUCAGAAACCAACCUGAUCAGGAAGAAAGCUCCGCCCCCUCCGAAGCGAGCCCCUAGCACGUCGCUGACGCUGCGGUCCAAGUCCAUGACGGCCGACCUGGAGGAGAUCGCCAGGAGGCGCCGUUACGAGAAACUGGACGAGAUGCUGGCCGGCAGUCAACAGGAAGUGAUUCUGAGGGCCCGCCCCUCCGACGACUUCAGGGCGGCGACGGUCAAGCAGCGGCCGAUGAGCCGACGCAUCACGCAAGCGGAGAUCAACUCUCUGUUUGAGCGCCAGGGUCUGGUCCCGCCCUCCGCCCCGGAGAAGAGCACCAUGCCGCUGCCCAGAGGGAUGUCCAGAACCAAGAGCUUCGGCACGCCGGACGACGACAGAAUAUCGGCUCUGAUCCACGAGAGCCGUUUCCCUCGCAGCUCGUCUCUGACGGACGGCUCCAUCCCGCCGCCCCCUCAGACGGCGCCGCCCCCGCCGCCGUCCCCCUCUGCGCUGUACCUCUUCGACUCCGGCCCGCCGCCGUCCUUCCUACCGCCGCCGCCGCCGGCCCGAGGCGAGGGCCUGACUCGCUCCAGCUUCAAGCCGGGGGCGGAGCCGCGGCUGCAGGAGCUGUCGGACGCCAGGAGCCACGCCCACGCCGAGCGCCAGCGCAAAGCGCGGUCCAUGAUCAUCCUGCAGGACACGCCACCGCCGCAGCCCGACGGACACGCCGCCGGCGCCACGCUCCACACCGCCACGCAGACCUCCACACUGUCCCUCCACAGCACCAGCCCCGCCCUUGGACACUCGCCGCUGUCCCGUCGCCGGGGACGACCGAUAGAAAACCCGUAUGCCAACGUGGGACAUCAAGCCGCGCCUAACAAGCCCCAGAGGAGGAAGUCUCCUCUGUUGAAACAACUUCCUGUUGAGGAGCAGGGUAUUGGGAUGAAAGACGAUCCGUCCAAACCCGACGGCAGCGGACUGAUGAGCCCGAGCCGAGCCGAGCUGUACCAGCAGCAGGUUCUGUCUGAGCGCGCCCGAGUUCAGGGUCGCCGCUCCUCUCUCUUCCUGUCUGUGGAGGGCGCGGGGUCGGACAGCCAGGCUCCGCCCCUCCUUACCCAGAGCCACUCCAUGGACGACCUGGGCGAGCUGCCGCCUCCGGCGCCGGUCCUGUCGCCGUCACCGACGCCGCACACCUUCCUCCACCCGCUGACGGGGAAACCUCUAGAUCCAUCGUCUCCACUCGCCUUGGCUCUCGCCGCGAGAGAGCGAGCGCUCACCGCCCGAACGCCGAGUCCCGAGCCUCGAAUCAAACACUCCUCUGCCUCCACCACGCCCGUCCCCACCCCGGCUGCCAGUCCAGAGACCAGACACAAACGCACCCCGUUCACCACCCCACAGGGCAGCCCCGAGCCUCGAUCCAAGCGCACCUCUCCUCAGACGAGUCCAGAGCAGCGGACCAAACACUCGACGCCUCAGACCAGCCCCGAGCUGAGGCACAAGCGAAUCACGCCGCCGCUGUUCCCCGACGGACAGGUGGAGCGACCCGAGACCGAGGGGGGGGUGACGUCUCCCGCCGCCCCCUCCCCCGAACGAUGGAGACCCUCCCCUCUGCCAGCGCUGGCCAAUGAGAGCCACUCGGCGCUGGUCGACCGGCGGCGAAGCCUCACGGUUGGCAGCUCAGAGGAGGAGGGCGGGGCUUACACCGUGACGCUCCCGCCUGCCCUGCUGUCCUCCAGCGACGAGGAAACCAGGGAGGAGCUGCGCAGGAUCGGCCUGGUGACUCCGCCCCCCGGCUUCGCCAGCCCCCCUGCCCCGCCUCCCCCCUCCUCCCUGUCCCUGUUGCCACGGCGAGGAGGAGAGGGGGGAGGGGAGAGCGGCCCGGAGUCCCUGGGAAAGCGAGGAGACGAGGAGGAAGGAGGCGACGAGCGUCUUCAUGACAGCUCCUUGUCCCCCAGUUCACUCCCUCCGUCCAUCACGCUGGCGUCCCCCCCCGCCCCGACCUCCCCCUCCUCCCCUCCUGCUGCUCACCCCGCCCCCUCCCCCUCCGCUACCUCCCCAUCAGCUCUGAAGCCCCGCCUGCGGUCGCCGAUCGGCCGCGGCCGCUCCGCGCUGCGCGACCCGCUGCUAAAGCAGUCGUCCGACAGCGAGCUCCUCCCCUCCGCCGCCUCCUCCUCCCCCUCCUCCCCUCUCUGCUCCUCCCCCACCAGCGGCGGCAGCCGGCAGCCUCGCUACCUGUUCCAGAGGCGGUCCAAGCUGUGGGGGGGCGGGGACGACGAGCGGCGCGGGUUCAGCCCUGAUGAAGGCGGCCGACCGGCGGCGCUGGGAGGACAGAGCUCCGGGUCGGCAGUGGACCUGACGGCCCGCUCGGCAUCCGCCCUGGAGCUGAGCGGCCGGGCCGGGUCGGGACUGGACCUGGCCAAUCGGCUACAGCUGCUCAACAAAGACAGCCACUCUCUGGGGGAAGAACCGAGUCCACUGGACCCGGGCCGCAGGUCUCCUGUAGGGGGCGCCAGGUUGUUCUCCAGCCUCGGUGAACUUCACACCAUCUCCCAGCGAGGAUACGGCGCCAGCUACACGGUCCGCCCAGGAAGCCGUUACCCCGUCACCCGUCGGAGCCCGUCCCCGUCUCCCUCCCCUUCAGACCGGUCCAUGGGUCUGGGCUCCUCGCCGGCGCCUUGCUCCGAGCGGCCCGACCUGAGCUCGGGUCGAGGCCUGACCAUCCUCAAGUCUUCAAGUCUCAGCCUGCCGUCAGAACCAAAGGAGGUCCGUUUCGUCAUGAGGAGCGCCAGCGCUCGAACCAGAUCCCGCUCGCCUUCGCCCUCGCCUCACGCCUCGCCCUGCCCCUCCCCGGUCCUCAGCGGGCCCCUGCUGGCCCUGCGGCCCUGGAGGCAGCGGCCCCUCAACCUGUGGAAUAAGUACGACGUGGGCGACUGGCUGGAGAGCAUGGGCCUGGCCGAACACCGCCAGCGCUUCCAGGAGCACGAGAUCGAAGGGUCCCACCUGCCGGCGCUCACCAAGGAGGACUACGUGGAGCUGGGCGUCACCAGACUGGGCCACCGCAUCAACAUCGAGAGGGCCCUCAGACAGUUACUGGACAGCUCCACUUGACCCAUCGCCUCCGACCAGUCACCUCUAGGCGUCCAGAACUCUGACCUCACGACCCCUGACCUCAAGUCAGACCCAGGCCCAUCUCUUUAAUCCACUUUCAGCCAUUACAGAACCGCCCCGCUUUCGCUGAUGCCGGAUCGCUGAAACAUUUCGGCUCAUCAGCUCUUUAAUCAGCAGCUCUGACCUUUGACCUUCAACUCACAUCGCAAACAACUCACGUCCACACUGCGACCCAAAUUCAGUGUUUCUGUCUUAAUGCGACCCUGCAGCCGAUCUUUUCAUGAAGUCCGAUCAACACAGAUCCGACCCAGACGAUAAAUUGUCCCAGACGUUAUUGCCAUAAUCAAUAACCAUUUUUUACUAAUAUGACGGUAAUGGCAUAAAAAUGCAAGAACAACUUUAAAUUCUAAUGAACAUUUAACACUGGAAGACAUUUUAAAUAUCCAAAAUAAAUAUACAACAGAAACAGCACAUAUAGACAUGAUAAUAUUUCAGAGGAAAAACAUCCUGAAUUUAGUUGGUUAAAAUACAGAUUUGUCCAGUUUGUGGUUCUUUAAUUCAAACAUUGGCAACUUUCCACAUUUUCCCAC